CGGGGCAUUUGCUGAUCUUCAGACUACGUGACGGACUGAUUUAAAAAAAUUAUUACACAACCAUUGCCAAUCGCUUGAAGACAAAAACUCAAGGUCCAACCACGGUGAGCCAUUAUUUGGGCUUUGGAAUUUUAAUCUUCUAGUAUAUUCUGUGAAGGAAAGUAAAGGAAAUGGGAGACUGGGGAUUUCUAUCCACGUUACUGGACAAGGUGCAGUCGCAUUCCACAGUCAUCGGUAAGAUCUGGAUGAGCGUCUUGUUUAUAUUUAGGAUCCUGGUUCUGGGUGCUGGAGCUGAGAGUGUAUGGGGAGACGAGCAGUCCAGCCUUGUGUGCAAUACAUUACAACCUGGUUGUGAGAACGUCUGCUAUGACUGGAAGUUCCCCAUCUCUCACAUCCGCUUCUGGGUCAUGCAGAUCAUCUUCGUGUCUACGCCGACGUUACUGUACCUUGGCCAUGCCAUCCAUGUUAUCCACCAGGAGAACAAGCUGAGGGAGAGAAUUAAGCAAGAACAUGAGGGCCGAAACCUAAAAGCACCUAAAUACACAGAUGACCAGGGUCACGUGAAGAUCAAGGGCAACCUGUUGGGCAGUUACCUUACUCAGCUCUUCUUCAAGAUCAUCUUAGAGCUCGCUUUCAUCGUGGGUCAGUACUACCUAUACGGCUUCAUCAUGGUCCCAGAGUUCGCUUGCUCGAAAAGUCCAUGUCCUCACACCGUCGAGUGCUUCAUGUCACGUCCGACCGAAAAGACCAUUUUCAUCAUCUUCAUGCUGGUGGUAGCAUGUGUGUCCUUACUUCUCAACGUUAUUGAGGUCUUUUACCUGCUGUGCAGCAGAUUGAGAUGCCGCUCGGGGAAGAGGUGCAUGAGGAAUACCACUUCUGCUGAAAAUCCCGCUAGCUUGUCUUGGUCAGGAGCUAAAGAUCCUCUAAAGCAAAACAAGAUGAACAUGGAGAUUGAGAGUAAUAGCAGGAGCAUGAGUGGUGCCAAAGAGGACAAAAAGCUAUUAGAGGAUCAGUAGAUUUAGUACUUCUCUAAAUUCUGUCAUCAUUUGACCAAUACACUAUACUCCAUAAAUCACACUAUAGGUACAUAUGUACAAAAAAACACACUUUCAAGCAAAUGCCAUUGGUUUCUGUAUGAAAUAUUAUUACUAGGUUGGCCCUAAAACAAAGUACAUCCUGGUGUUUCACUAUUUAAGUCUUAUUCUAUAUGUAUGCUGUUGCUACAUAAUAAUGUAUGAUCAUUAUUUUGUAUUUUAUCUACAAUAAAACAUUUUGAUUUAG